AUGGUGGAAGGUAUGGUUCGCAAGGAACUUGGAUUAGAAGUACCAGAAGUUAUGGGCAAACCUUAUCCAGAAUAUGUUGAAUUUGAACCCUUGCCAAGGAACUACAAGAUGCCAGAUUUCAAGAAAUUUACUUCUGAGGAUGAUCAACGUCCUGAGGAUCACAUUGGCUGCUUUGAGUUGGAAUGCAUUGAAGUUGGGCAUAAUCCUUUUUUAAAGUUGUGUCUAUUCCCAUAUUCAUUGACUGGCAUAGCAUUAGAUUGGUAUCGCACCUUGGAACUAGGAUCUAUUGCUAUUGAAAUACCCAAAAAUUGGUGUUUAUUCAUAAUUUUUACCGCACCACAUCGAGAGGUUAACAAUGUUGCUUGGAGUUCUUCUGAUGAUGAAGAUUGGUCUUGGGAUAGUGUCAAUGCUGUCGAGCUUAUCAAUUUAAAGGAAUACACAUGUGAAGCAUUACGCAGGUCAGUUGCGUCACAAGCAUACACUCAAGGGGUAUCUUCUUCUGGAACAGCCAAGACCUCCGACACAUUAGCAACUGCAAAGAACAUGAUUGAUGAAGGGAAAGUCAAAGUCGACAAUCCAAUUGAGAUGAAUGCUAAUCCAUUUCCAACACAACAUCCAGUGCGCAUGGUCAAUGUUGGUUUGAAUAGUCACAUGUCUGUGGCGUGUAAUACUACAGGAUGUUUGCAAUGUGAUGUGGUUGAAAUAGUCCCUGCUGUCUCUUGGAAGCUUUAUUUUGAUGGUUCUGCUACUUUUCACCGGUGUCUGAUUUAUGGUCUCCGUACCUUGAUGCACAAUGGAGCACGCAAUGUUGAGGUUAUCGGUGAUUCUGCUCUUGUGGUUGGUCAUAUGAAAAACACCAUGAAAUGGAAAGAUGACAUUUUAACUCAGUACACAGCCCUUGGAGAUGAACUCAAGUCACACUUCGAUACAAUCACCUUUACUAAUGUGUUGCGUCCUGAUAACCAAGAAGCUAAUGCCAUGGCACAAUCUGCCUCUAAAUACAUUCCUGAAGUAGAUCCCUCUUGGCAGUAUGACACAGUUGAAGUCAAUUUUCUUGCUUACCAUAAACACACAUCUAUGCCUAUUAACACAAUUCAGCCACAAGUUGAUGCCGGUGAUUGGAGACACCCAAUUGUUCAGUUCCUUCUUAAUUUAGAUGUGCCGACUGAUAUCCAGAUCCGACGUCAUCCCAUCUAG